AUGGCCUCAGAUACCAUGACGGUCGCUGCCCUGGGUCGACCUUUCACCCUAGGAAUGCUCUAUGAUGCUCGCAAACAUCAACUGAUUCCAGGUUUGACUUUGUGGAACAAUGAAACUCUACAAAAGAUCACAGUUGAAAACUCUCAGCACAGCAGUGCAUUUGAAAUUUCUGCAUCUGACUCCAUUGAAUCCAGGUCCUCUCUGCUGGAUGUUGAUGCUUCUCUGAAGGCCAGUUUCAUGGGUGGACUGAUUGAAGUUGGAGGAUCUGCCAAGUAUCUGAAUGAUAAGAAGAAAUUCAAGAAUCAGAGCAGAGUGACGUGUCAGUACAAAGCUACCUCCAACAUAAAACAGUUGUCGAUUGACCAUUUAACCAUGAGUUCCCAACAGAUAGAUGUUAUUCAGAAGACCUCUGCAACUCAUGUAGUCACAGGCAUCCUUUAUGGGGCAAACGCUUUCUUUGUGUUUGACAGUGAGAAGUUAGACGACAGCAGCGUUAAAAAUAUCCAGGGCAAAAUGGAAGCUGUGAUAAAGAAGAUCCCCUCGUUUAAUAUUGAGGGGAAAGUUAAAGUCAAGCUGAAUGAAAAAGAAAAAUCUAUGACUGACAAAUUCUCCUGCAAAUUCUACGGAGACUUCAUUCUUGAAAGAAACCCUACAAAAUUUGAAGACGCAGUGAAGACCUACAUACAACUUCCAAAGCUGCUGGGAGAAAAGGGAGAGAACAGUGUUCCACUGAAGGUCUGGCUGAUGCCACUGAAGAAAUUGGAUCCCAAAGCAGCUGUGCUGGUGAGAGAGAUCAGUGAUCAACUAGUGGGGAAGGCGCAGCAUGCUCUAGAAGAUUUAAGUCAAAUAGGAAUGAGAUGCAACGAUUCUCUGGACGACAGAGUGGUUAAGCAUUUUCCACAGAUUGAAGAAAAGUUAAGCAGAUUCCAGAAUGUGUGUAAAUAUUAUGCAGCUAAACUCCAGCAGACCAUGGAGAAGAAAUUUCCCCUCAUCUGUGAUGGUAAAGAAGAUGAGAGCUCCACAAAACAACUCUUUGAAGACAGAGACAAGUCACCAUUCAGCCAUGAGAAACUAAGCAAGUGGAUGGAAGACAAAGAGAGAGAAAUCAACAUCAUCAGGUCCUGUGUAGAAAAGAUGGAGGGAACACAGAUUGUCCACAAUCAGUCAGAGCUGGACAGAGAGGUUCUUGCUGCAGAUGUGGAGGAUGCUCUGUGCUUUGUUUUCACCUCCCUGGAGAGUGCUGACCCCUGCCUUGAUGUGAUGACCACAUACUUGGACUCACAUAAAUUAGGAAGUACCCAUGAAGACCCGUGGUACUACUCUGAUGAAGUUUUAACUAAAAUGAGAAAAAAAGCCCAAGCUUUCCAUGAUCUUGCCAAAGCACUGAAGAGCAACAGCCGAUUCCGUUUCCUCAUAGCAGCCAUAGCAAAUAAAAAAUACGCAGGAGCAACCAUCUACCAUUACAAGGAGGGCAUUCUGGUCUCUGAGGAUUUCUCUAAGCCUGACCUCCCUCCUGUGGAGAAAAUCACUGACAAAAGAGAUCUGAUCUGGUAUGCCUGUGAUCUCAACCUGGACCCAGAAACAGUGAGCAACAAACUCACUCUGUCUGAGGGAAACAAAAAAGCAACAAAUGGGGCAUGGCAGAGAUAUCCUGAGCACCCAGAGAGGUUUGAUACACAGCCACAGGUGAUGUGCAGAGAGAGGUUAAAGGGGCGCCAUUACUGGGAGGUAGAAUGGAGUAAUUGUUACAAUGAAUUUGUUCACAUAUGUGUUGCAUACAAGGGGAUUGAAAGAAAAGAAAGCAGUUCACAGAGCAGUCUUGGAGGUAAUCACAUAUCUUGGAGUCUUGGCCAGUAUUCUUCACUUCUAAAGCACACACUUGAGCCAUGGCAUAUUGGUAAGGUUUCAGAACGUCCUUUUCCUUUUGGCUGCAAAAGAGUUGGGGUGUUUCUGGAUUGGCCUGCUGGCACUCUGUCCUACUACAGAGUCUCGUCUAACUCACUGAGUCACCUCCACACCUUUCACCACAGAUUCACUGAGCCUGUUUACCCAGGCUUCUUGGUGGGCCGAGAAUCCAGUUAUGUCUACCUUUGUCCACCAUUACUCUUUCUGAGAGCAACAAAAGAGCAAAAGAGUCAGGAAGUCCGGAAAACGGCAGUUUUAUCCAUAUCUGCCAGAGAGGUUCGACAUGUAUCAGCAGGAGUGUAUCUGGACUGGCCUGCUGGCACUCUGUCCUUCUACAUGGCCUCCUCUAACACAGCGAGUCACCUCCACACCUUCCGAACCAAAUUCGAUGAGACCGUUAACCCGGGCUUCUUGGUUGGGUUUCCAAAGCCGUCCCAAAGUGGUCAGAUAAAAUUGCUCUAA